GGGAAUGGAAGGACUCAACUAGCGUGCAUGUCCCGCUGUUUUCCCCCACCUCUUUAGACCCUGAUGUCGCCUUUCAGCAGCUCCCACAACUGGUAGGCAGUGAGCUGCUUUAGUAGCCAGGGUUUUCUCUGUUUGUUCAGGGGGUGGGUGUGACAGGGUGUAAUAAUAAUAAUAAAAAAAACCCGCAGGAAAUCUUGGGCAGGAAGCAGUCCUAAGGUGGCCUGGGAAGUAAAUGCUUUAGGCACCCCCUUGGGACGGUGUCCCUCCCUGUACCGCACCCCACGCUACUCCCUCAACCCCCACCUUCCCUUGGGUACCUUUACAUCUAUGAAGGGAUCUGUUAAUUAACCCGAGCAGAAAGGUAGAUGACUCUGCGGGUGGUGAGCAGGCCUACUGAGAAGAAUGACUGAAGGUCCACCUGGAAUUCAUUGUGCAGAAGUUCUUGGUGAAUUGGAGGUUGCUUUCUCGGAAGAUGUUGCCUCCCUCACUCCACCCCUAGAAAACAGAGAGAUCCCAGGAUCCCAGAAUCGUGCAGCUUAGUGCUCCAACCUCCCAUUCAAGAGUCCUCUGAUCCAGUGACCCCAUGUCCCUGGACAGGUUACCCCAUCACCUCACAGCCAGGAAGUGGCCUGGGAGAUCUUGGGACUACAUCCUGGCUGGCAUGGAAAGGAGCGCCGCGGCCAUGCCCAGCUCAGAGCUGUGGGCGGUGGAUCUCUUCGGGAGGGUGUUCACGCUGUCCACGGCCGGGCGGCACUGGGAGCUGUGCAGGGACGCCCAGCUGGAGUUCAAGCGGGUCAGUGCGGCCGCGCCGUGCUGCUGGGGCAUCGCCUGCGACAACCAGGUGUACGUGCACGUGGGCGCCAGCGACGUCCCCAUCCGCUGCCGGGAGGAGGCCUAUGAGAAUCAGCGCUGGAACCCCGUGGGCGGCUUCUGUGAGACGCUCCUGCCGAGUGACCGCUGGCCGUGGAGUGACGUGAGUGGGCUCCAGCACCGGCCGCUGGAUGGGGUGGCGCUGCCCUCGCCGCAUUGGGAGUGGGAGUCGGACUGGUACGUGGAUGAGAAUUUUGGAGGGGAACCCACAGAGAAAGGGGGGUGGACAUAUGCCAUUGACUUCCCCGCCACGUACACGAGGGACAAGAAGUGGAACUCCUGUGUGCGGCGCCGGCGGUGGACCCGGUACAGGAGAUACAAGUCCCGGGACACCUGGGCCAAGAUCCCGUCGGAGGAUGACCCCCAGCGGUUGCCUGACCCCUUCAGCGACAUCUCUGUGGGGGGUUGGGAGAUCACAGACGAGCCCGUGGGCCGCCUGUCCGUGUGGGCCGUGUCUCUGCAGGGGAAGGUGUGGUACAGAGAGGACGUCAGCCACCCCAACCCCGAAGGCUCGUCGUGGUCCCUGGUGGACACCCCGGGGGAGGCGGUUCAGAUCAGCUGUGGGCCCCACGACCUGCUGUGGGUGUCGCUCUGGGAGGGACAGGCCUUGGUCCGGGAAGGAAUCAACAGGAACAAUCCCAAAGGAAGUUCGUGGUCUGUGGUGGAGCCUCCCACGUCUGAAAACGGGAUCCUGCACGUCUCCGCAGGAGUCGGUGUCGUCUGGGCCGUCACCAAGGACCGUAAGGUUUGGUUCCGAAGAGGCGUCAACUCUCACAACCCCUGCGGCACGAGCUGGAUCGAGAUGGUUGGAGAAAUGAUGAUGGUGAACGUGGGGCUAAACGACCAGGUCUGGGGCAUCGGCUGGGCGGACCGGGCCUUGUACUUCCGUCACGGCGUCACCCAGAGCGAGCUCAGCGGGAAGACGUGGAAGGCCAUCGUCGCCGGCCGGGAGUGUGACGGCUCACACGCGGGCAGCUUGUCCAGCCUCCUCAGCGCCGGCUGCUUCUUUGGCGACGAGGUGAGGGGUGGUGGUGAGUCCCGUGUGCCAAGCGACUCGGAAGCCAAGAGACCGGGGCCUGACCCUGAGCAUGACGUGGAGGUCGCCGGCCCUGCCUCCGCCCCGGCCGAGCUGCCCUGGACCAACAUCGACCUGAAGGAGCCCAAGAAAGGGCCCAGCCAUGCGGCCGCCGACUUUCCCGAGGCCACCAACCUCUCCUCACUGGCACUUCUCCCGCUGGGCCUGGAGGAGCCCGACAGCACCAACUGCCACGCGCUGUGGGCCUGGGUGUCCGGAGGAGGCUGUGCCGUGGAGGCCCACACCACACUCAAAUGGUUCACCGUCCACUCGGGCCUGUCCGCCUCCAUGCAGAUGCUCUCGCUGUCCAUCACGCCGGCCCAGACCGCCGCCUGGCGGAAGCAGAUCUUCCAGCAGCUCACAGAAAGGACCAAGCGGGAGCUGGAGAACUUCCGACACUACGAGCAGGCCGUGGAGCAGGUGGGCAGUGCCCGGGUGCACUUUUUCCAGCACACAUUCAUUGAGCACCUGCUGCAUGCCAGCCCUGAGUCGGUGUGGGUGAAGACGGGGGCCCUGCAGUGGUGGUGCGACUGGAAACCCCACAAGUGGGUGGAUGUCCGUGUGGCCCUGGAACAGUUCACGGGCCACGAUGGGGUUCGGGACAGCAUCCUUUUCAUCUACUACGUGGUCCAUGAGGAGAAGAAGUACAUCCACGUGUUCCUCAACGAGGUGACGGCGCUGGUCCCCGUGCUUAUUGAGGCCAAGCACUCCUUCGCCGUGUACACCCCCGAGAGGACACGGCAGAGGUGGCCUGUGCGCCUGGCCGCUGCCACCGAGCAGGACAUGAGCGACUGGCUCGCCCUGCUCGACUUGUCCUGCUGCGAGAGCCGCAGGGUGCACGGCCGCCCCUCCCCGCAGGCCAUCUGGUCCGUCACCUGCAAGGGGGACAUCUUCGUGAGCGAGCCCAGCCCAGACCUCGAGGCCCCCGAGCACUGGCUGCCCUGUGACCAGAUGUUCUGGCGGCAAAUGGGAGGCCACCUGCGGGUGGUGGAGGCCAACAGCCGGGGCGUGGUGUGGGGCAUCGGCUACGACCACACGGCCUGGGUGUACACGGGUGGCUACGGCGGAGGCUGCUUCCAAGGCCUGGCCAGCAGUACCAGCAACAUCUACACGCAGUCGGACGUAAAGUGUGUCUACAUCUACGAGAACCAGCGCUGGAACCCCGUCACGGGCUACACCAGCAGGGGUCUGCCCACCGACCGGUACAUGUGGAGUGACGCCACGGGCCUGCAGGAGUGCACCAAGGCCAGCACAAAGCCCCCGUCCCUGCAGUGGGCCUGGGUUUCUGACUGGUUCGUGGAUUUCAGCGUCCCUGGGGGCACGGACCAGGAGGGGUGGCAGUACGCCAGCGACUUCCCUGCCUUGUACCACGGGCACAAAACCAUGAAGGAUUUCGUCAGGAGAAGGUGCUGGACCAGAAAGUGCAAGCUAGUGACCAGCGGGCCCUGGCUGGAGGUGGCCCCCAUCGCCCUGGGGGACGUGUCCAUCAUUCCGGAGAGCCCGGGUGCCCACGGGAGCGGGCCCGGCAUCGCGCUCUGGGCCGUCAGUGACAAGGGGGACGUGUUGUGCCGUCUGGGCGUGUCCGAGCUCAACCCCGCGGGCUCCUCCUGGCUGCAUGUGGGCACCGACCAGCCCUUCGCCUCCGUCUCCAUCGGGGGCUGCUACCAGGUGUGGGCCGUGGCCAGGGACGGUUCCGCCUUCUACCGUGGUUCCGUGUCCCCGUCCAAGCCGGCUGGCGACUGCUGGUACCUCAUCCCAUCUCCUCCCAAACAGAGAUUGAAACAGGUGUCCGUGGGGCACACAGCGGUGUUCGCCUUGGAUGAAAACGGGAACCUGUGGUACCGCCAGGGGGUCACACCCAGCUACCCGCAGGGCACCAGCUGGGAACACGUGUCCAACAACGUGCGCCACGUGUCCGUGGGGCCCCUGGACCAGGUCUGGGUCAUCGCCAACAAAGUCCAGGGGAGCCACAGCCUGAGCCGGGGGACUGUGUGUCGCCGCACGGGUGUGCAGCCCCUGGAGCCCAAGGGGCAGGGCUGGGACUAUGGCAUCGGGGGGGGCUGGGAUCACCUGUCCGUCCGGGCCAGUGCCACCAGGGGCCCCAGGAGCUCGUCCCAGGAGACAGCCGGCAAGUGGAGAAGGGAGCAGGGCCUCCCCAGUGGGCGCUCGCAGGUGGCCGGUGCCCCGCAGGAGACCCCCAAUCCCGCCUGCUGCUGAGGCUGCUUCCCCUCACCUGGAGCAGGUGUGAUGCUGGGUUUGAAGGACCAAGGUUGAUGCAAGCCUUCCUGUCGGGAGCUGUUCUCGUGCUGAACGUGCUGAAACGUGGAUCCCAGGAGUGGUGUCUCCAGGCCCAGACUCGAGACUGGGGAGGGAACCUGGCCUGAGAUCAUGGCCACCUUGGAGGCACUGAAACAACCCAGAAAUGUGAAGCUCUGUGGACGCUGUGUGUCCCCGGCUGCGAGGAGAACGUGGGGUGUGCGGUGCAGACCCCUUCGCCCCGGCCUCUCCUGCGCGUCCCUUCCCUCUCUGCCUCCUCCCUUUCCAGGACGGGAGCCUGGAGGCUUCCAGGAGCACUGCCCCUGGGGAAGAGAGCCCACGAAGGACCCCUGAGCCCCAGGCAUCCCCAGACGGCGUCAGCCCUGCCCCCUAAAGAAAAAUGGUUGUGGGGCUCAGGGUGGCUUCGCCUGGACCUGAUCAGUUCUCUGAGCAGGAUUCGCAAACGGGGUUUCCUUUCAAAAGUUAAGGAAGGAGUUGGAAGGUUGGAAAUAAGUGCUGGGGAGGGGCGUCUUCUUCCCCGGGUGGGCCGGGCCCUCCUGGGGUGGUCGGAGGAUGGAGGGGCCGCCCGUGGCUGCGAGAAGCUGUCCAAGUGCAGAGUCACCGUCGUCGGUCCUCAGCCAGCCCUUCCUCUGACGGGGUUGGGGACUGGGGGCUCCUUUUACAUCGGAUCGUGUCACAGGGGGUGGGGAGGGUGGAGACCAGCCGAGAGGGGCCUGGAGGCCUCAGCCCGGAGCAGAGCCCUAGGGAGGCACCCACCAAGCAGCCCCACUCCCAGCGGGCAGCUUCUCGGCUGCUUUUUUUUUUUUUAAUCAGAAAAAGGCCCCAUUUGGUUAAGUCUCAAGUUUGCUUCCCACAGCCGGAUGCGUUGCCCGGGGUCAUCAGAGUGCGUGUCCCUUCUCUGCUCACUGACCGCCAGCUUCCCCGGUGUUCCCGUCAGGAGGGCUCGGCUGUGCGCUGUUUUGUGGUGCAGUGUUUGCCGCCCAGAAGCUGACUCUAAGAAGGUCUCCCUUGGGCCCCCUCCUGAGGGGCACUGGAGGGGCCGCUGGCCUCUGCCUUAUCUCCUGGAGGUGGGACCGGGAGGCGUGAGUCUGGGGGCAGUGCCCAGGCAAAGCAAGUGAAGGGCCGGGUGGGCGGCGCCCUCCUGUCUGUUUACACUCGUGGUUGUCAGGUUUCUCCGCGCGGGCAUUACUGUUUCUUCUGUGGCAGCGCCCUGUCGUUCUGCUGUGACUCGCUGGUUUCUCCCUGCCCUCUCUCCAGGGCGACCGUGUCCCCUCCUUGCGGAGUGCCGACUGCUGACCUGCUCAGCAUCACCGAACAUCUCGAGUCCUCGGAUGCUUUAUUCAAUAAAAACUUAGGCCAGACUGUCAA